AUGCUUGAAGAUUCGGAUAAUAACGAUCGUUUGCUCGAUGAGGAGCAGCUCAAAUGGAUUGCUCGCAACUCCAAGACGCUGAUACCUCACCAGCAAGCCUCUGCUGGAGCUGACGAAGCGACGAUCGAUUUGAACUCCAAACUCCAACAGGUCUUGCGCACUUCAUCCCAGCACAAUCUUGGUGCAACACAUCGAGUUGCGGCAUGGAAUGCACUGUGCUCUCUCGUUGAUGGUUGCGCACACUCGGAUCGCCAUGAUCUACACAAACUCCUAUGGUCCAAUGACACCUGGCAUCGAAUCUUCUUCCUCUACUUAGACCAAAGCCACAAGGCAAGACCUAAGUCGUCAAAACAAUUGCUUAACACUCUAAGCUCAUCCUGGCUGAAGACAGAUGGUCCAUCGAAGAAGGGUGAAGUGGUCGCCGCGGAGCUGAUACGAACACUGCUCGAGGACAAUGAAGUCAGUAGGACCAAGGCAUGUUUGCAGGCUACUGUUCACUUCUUGUCUAGAGGUGUGGUGUCCAUCGACGGGAUCCUUUCACAGCUAGCACCCGAGGACGGCAGAGGAGGCGAUAUGCGGAUUCAAGAUAAGUUUCAACGGCUUCUAUCCUUGCUAUUUCAAGGUCUCGCACGCGGGGACGUGGGAUCAGCUACAGGCCAGUUGCUCGCUGUGCUACUUAACAAAGACUCCUCACCACAACCUUUGCCAGGUGCCUCAGGCUUCGAAUCGAUGCCGGCCUGGGUACCUCCGAUGAGGGACACAUUACUUCAAGGCAAUGUUGACCUUGGAGAACUGCGGCUAUACAUCUUCCCGGUCCUGUUCAAGCGGAGCGUACAUGAUUACCUGGGAUUCUUGCAGGCCCUGGGAGUGUAUCAGCUGCUCGCAACCGGACAUACGCACCACGACGAUGGGGUUCAUGCGCCCGUCUUGUACGCAGCUCUGCAGAGUGGCAAAGAACAUGGCCUGUUGUAUGAGACAGCAGACAGCUCCAUCUCACACUGUUCGACUCAUAUCUCGAUCCCAGUACGCUCCAUCGGCAGGAUGCUCCGGGAUCGCUCGCGACCUGCUCGUCUAACUGGACUCUCACUACUCAUCACUUCUCAUUCAGCAACACGUCCCCUUCCCGCAAAGACGUUUUGGCUGCUCAAACGCUAUUUGCACGUCUUCCUCGGCGAUAGCGACGCGGAUUUUCGUGGUGAAGUGUUCAGUUUGAUGCAGAGGCUUGUGGACCGCUUGAGGGCCAUUACCGCUGUGGCUAGCAGGCAGACGAAUGUCAGCAGCGAGGCAGCAGCUUCACUCUGCCACGGUCGUGACUUUCUGCACUGGCUGCUACAGUUUUUGGGCUCGGAACUGAGACCUACUGCCAGCUACCAGCAUCAUAUCUGCGCACUGAAAACGGUGCUCAUCAUGGCGAGGUCAGGACUGGACGAUGCGGUAUCAGUUACUCAUCUCUCGAAGACGGCUACAGUUGGUGAAGCAAAAUGGCCAUUCCACAUUUCCAUCUUGACGCCUGGACUUCGACGGGGGCUUUACGAUCUCCUCCUCGAUCCUUUUGACGAUGUCCGACAAACUUCAGCCGCAAUCUUAGGCAUUUACGCUAGCGUUCGGGAUGCUGAAUCGCAAAACGACGUGUGCAAUGAACUGUCGGGUAUCGUUGGGCGGUCUGAGAGUAUGAUGUUGGCAUCAGGACGAGCUGACCAAGCCGACGGUGUGGCACAUUUGUACGCGCUGCUCUAUCGUGAGCGCGCAGAGCAGCCUCAAGAACCGAGCUCGAGCAUGGCUCUAUGUCAAUCGGUUUUGACGCACUUGGUAGGCACUCUGGAGCAGAUGCUGGACACUGCCAAGAAAAGCCUCGCAACGGCGACUCAGAAAUAUCCUCUCCACGGUCUGCUGACCAGCCUGCGAUAUGUGCUGUGUCAGAAGGACUGUCGCUACGAUUCUGAAGACAUACCACAGCGGUUGGUGAACUGCUUGCAUUCUCUAUGGACUGUCGUUCGACCGGUGCUCUGUGACGAUGCUCCUGAAGGAUACGUGCCGGAACAGGCAGAUGAGACUAUCGAAAUCUCGACCAAGGACACAUUGAGCUACUGCUGGCGUGCACUGAAGGAAAGCAGCUUACUAGCAGGGAGCCUCAUCCAGCAGGCCACGAUAUCUACAGAACAGGUUCUUGCACUGAGCGACCUCUGCUUCACGCAGCUCUCCGAAUUAAGACAUCGUGGCGCCUUCUCUACAGUCGCUCAGACCUGGGUUGCUUGUUGUCUGCGCUGCCACGACCUCAAGACCGAAGACGGCCAAAGUGUCACCGAGCUGUGGUACGACAGAGUCCUUGGCAUCUUGAGAGACGGCCAUCUCAUCAACACUCGUCGCUCCGCUGGCCUGCCCUCCCUCGUCUGCGGACUGCUCAUCUCCCCUGGACAGCUCCCAUCUGUUGCCAAGGCAUUUGACGACCUUACGUCAAUUGCUCGGCAGCCUGUCAGUCAAACAAGUACACAAGAGAGCAGCCUACCACAGGUCCAUGCUCUGAAUUGUAUCAAGGACACACUCAAGAACACUCGCCUGGCCGAGCGAUCUGAACGCUACGUGGCACACUGCCUCCGACUGGCCGCGGAUUCCCUGCAAUCGGAACCGUGGGCCGUCCGCAACUGCGGCCUGAUGCUCUUCCGUGCUGUCAUUGACCGCCUGCUUGGCACCAGCGAAGCUCAUCUGGACGAAAGCCGGCAGGCCUCAACCACCAUCUCGACUCAGGAUCAUCCGGAGUUGCUAGGCAUCGUCCUGGAAAUUUUGCACGCCUCCCAAAGUGCCACUCACUCGAAGGGCAGUGAAGGCGUCUUCCCCGCUCUGCAGCUCCUGCAGAGUCUCGAGAUCCUUGCUUCGAGAGUGGACGAGAUACAGGAGGUGGUCCUCAACUUGACAGCGAACGCCUCAUGGCACAUACGAGACAAGGCUGCCCGCGUGUAUGCGAGGAUCGCGCCAGAGAGUACAUCCUUGAAGAGUGUUGAAGCUGUGCUGACUACUUCGACUUCUGGUCAAAACGCCCUUCAUGGCGCUUUGCUUUGUGUCAAGUACCUGGCUGUCGAAGCCCACCAUGCACGAGAAGCCCAAAGUCGCAACACAGUUGAUGAACAAAUUAGCAGGUCAGAUUUGCCAGCAGCGCGGAUAUCGGAAGCAGUAGCCUUGCUUGCACGAUGCGACAAGCUGUUUUACGGGAAAAUCUCGCACGCUGUCAAGGCAGCAUACGUCGAUGCAGUGGCGGAAUGUCGAUCGAGAGCAGUCCCAGCCUCACAGCCUGUUGAUUCCGACCCCCGAACGCAGGCAAAUCAAAGCAUGACGCCGCCACAGCCCUUCGAUGUCGAGUCAGAGCUGGAAGAUAUGCUGGUCCGUGCUCCGCGCAAUCCACGCUCAGCUGGCGACGGGGUGGUGCUCCGCAGUCUAGCAUGUGCAUUUGCUACUACCUCGGUGCGGCGCUUUCAUGCAGAUAUUGAGGAGAUGGAGACCAUCAUGUUCAACCUUGGCCCUCGUGAUGCCGAUGCCUGCUCAAUGCUUUUGAGUCGCUUAUCUUUGCAAGACAGCCUGGACGAGAGUGUUGUGCAGCUUUCGUCAAUACACGUCUGCACCGAUAUUCUUGUCGAUCAUACUUCGAUUGGCCUGAAGUGCCAAGCCCAAAAAUUCUUGUUGGACCUUUACGACAAGCACGAGCUCUCACCUGAAGUGCUUUCUGUAUUCCUGGAAGUCAUUGCGUAUCCGACGUCUCCGCUGGCAAGAGGAGCUAACCAGGCCUACGCAGAUCAGGGGCUGCAGCUCGGUGUCAUCGCGCUCGACCACCGCCUGGAGAGUCCCGACGACGACAAGUCGGUAAUCCAUCCAGAGCUACAGCGCUGGUCGUCCUUCUGCUCCGAAGCCGUGCGUGAAAGUGAGUCGUCCCUGUACAGCCGAGAAGCAGGUGCAUUUGCGCUUCGAAGGGUUCGAUCUGGAUUUUGGGAGUUCUUGAACCGCGAGAGCUCUCCGUGCUUCUUACGCAUGUGCCUUGCUGUUUACGAUCUCCUCAAUGACGAUGAUGAAGACAUUCGACUGCUGGCCGUGGUGACCGCGAACGACAUCGUUAAAGUCUCUGCAUUAGAGCGGCCCUCGGGUGUGCUGGAACCUGUCGAGGCCCGGAGCAGUAUUCUUCGCUUCAUGGUUCAACGAUGGCUCAACGAUGUCGAACUCGCCACGGAAGCAUACACGCGAGCUUUCAGACCGCCUGGUUCCGAUGACAGCCAUACGAUCGAGGAACAGCUAGACAACGCUGCAGCUGUAGAUACGGCGCUAUUCGCUGAGGAGAAACAGAACCUAUACAUUGACGACGCUACUGAGAUCAAAGCGUGGACGGAAGUCUUGCUUCGCCUGGAUGCAUUCGCAUUACCGCAGCAUUUGCUCAAUCACCUCUCGCGGAAAGUCAUGAGCGGCCUUGAGAGUCUGCUGAAGAAGGCGGCUAAUAACGACGACGGCGCGCUUGGCUGGAGUACUAAGCCAGGCGUCUUCAUUCUCGGCCUGCAGAUCGUGUACAGCGCUGAGGUCUUGUUGCAUCUCGUCGCCAAAGGACGAAGGGUGGCUGUUCGACCAUCAGAAUUGCGGUCGAAGUUGAGCAGGCUUGCUACGGUAUUUGCUGCUCAGAAGGUGAACGAUCUCUGGCAGCGUGAGGUCUGGAGAGUGCUAGGAGAUGCUACCUUACAGCAGGCCAUUCACAAUGCUCAGCUGAUAUGCCUAAUAGCAAAGAUAUUGGACAGGUAG